AUGAGCUUAAAAUUUGAUGAUAUCCAACCUAUACAUACUGUUUUUUACGCAGUUUUUCAUCCCAUGGAAGGAACAAAAAUCAGUUUUCAAUUUCCAGAAUCUAACCUGAGCAAAGCAAAUGUAAACUUUAACACUAUAAAAAACUAUGUUAUUCCCAAGCCGCAGUUAUGCAACAAAUUAUUGACAUUCAAAUACGGGAAUUACAGGAUUGUAGGCUAUCCUGUGAAUGUAAAAGCUCCUUAUUAUGCUAGAAAUUCGUUUAAUUUUAAUUUUGUUUACGUGUUUCCAUAUGAUUGCGCAACAACUCCUUACGAACCGUCCAUUGAAAGAUUGGGCAAAAUGUUUAGUGUUUUGGAGGAACAGUCCCAAAUUCUCUCAAAGGCCGAGAUGGAUCCUGUUUAUUUUCAGGUAAAAUCCAAUAAAAUCAAAGGGCUAGACGAUAUCAAUACACAAGAUAAAUCAUCACCAGAUGUCUGUAGUAAUACUACUAAUGAAAAAUAUAAUGAUAUCAUAAAUGAAAUUUUGGGAGGAUCGCCUCAAUUAUGUAUACCAGACUUUUUAACUAAGCUUUAUCAGGAUUUGAAUAACUAUUCAGAAUGUUUGAUUCCAAUCGAUCCAGGUAACUCGAUCGAUAUAAAGUUGUUUCCAUUAUUAGCACCACCUACUGCCUCAGUAUCUGUAGAAGAUGUUCCUAUAACAACUGUAAACUUAACCAAACUAAUCGAUGCGAACUGGGACCCAACCAUGCUAAAAAUUGUCCCAUAUAUAAAUGGGGUCAACAGCAUAGCGAAAAUAGCAAAAAUAAGCGAUAGUGAUGUGAAUUUAGUUAUAGAGUGUGUUAAUCAUUUGAUUUAUUACAAUUGUGUUUUGAUCCUUGAUAUAUUUCAGUUUAGCAAUAUAUAUGCGCCAACAUCUGAUAUUUCCAAAUUUUUAACCAACCCUUUAUUAGCAAAUGAGUGUCAAAAGUAUAUUAUAACAAGAAACACCGAAUUUUUGUCGUUAGAUUUCAACAAAAAAUCUAGUUUUAGUCAGCAAAAGCCAACAAUGAGGACUCUCCAUUCAAGCAGUACAAUAAAUAGCAACACUAAAAAAAGAUUGCCAUCAAUAUCUUCUAGUUCCUCGAAUUUUGACAAUAAGCUUUCUACCUCCUCUUUGUCAUCAACCUUCUCCAAAAACAGAAACUCGUUAGACUUUAGCGUUACAAGAGAUGAUUCCAACAACACAAUUUUGUUGCCAACAAAAUCAUGCAUAUUUGAUUUAUACAGAUCUCUAUCUCAGGGGAAACUUUUAAAAGAUUGGUAUAGAGAAAAUAUACAGACACUAAAAUCAAAUAAUAUUGAUAUCAGGAGAUUUAUAGUAUUUGGCAUUACAAGAGGACUAAUUUACAGAUGCUAUUCGUAUCCGCUUUUAAAAAACAGUGUUGAAUUGUUUAAUGUGAUUAAUAUUAAUUCCGAAGAUUUUAAAAAAUUCAUGAAAAAUAAGAAAAAUAAGGAAAAAAAACUAUUUUCAACAGCCGACAUUAAGCCAGAUAUGGAAACUUUUUCUACUUUAAAAAAACAAAAUUCUGGAUCUAUUAAUAGUAAAUUGACAGCAGAGUUAAGACCCGAAAACAUUGCCGACGAGAUAUUAAAAGAGGUUUACCAGAAACUGAAUAGCAAAAAGCAAAAUUUGGAAAAUGAAAGACGAAUUACAAACCCACUCUCCAUUCUUCAUAGCACCAGAAGUAAUAGUGAUCCAAGUUCCUCUGCAAUUUCUAGAGAGCGAUCACAAAAGGUAUCUAGAAGAAACAAAGUUCUGUUUGACACUAUUUCUAACGACAGUGACGCAGGAGAAGGAUCGAUCAACACAGAGACAAAGGAGAGGGAUUCUAAGGACAUAGAAAUAUUAAUAAAAUGUCUUCGUAAUGCAGAUUCUAUGGAUCGUAUUUGUACAGUAUUACAAAAAGAUAGAGAAGAAGUAGAAAACUUGCUUCACGAUAUUUCAACUUAUAGUUUAGUAAAUAGCUAA